AUGUACGAGAGUCCGAAUGAAACGCACAUCAGCCUCCCUUCGUCGGAGCACGGUCGAUUAAAGGUGCGCACCAGUGCCGAGGAGGCGGCACGGAAAAAGAAAGCCCAACAGGAAAAGGUGGUUGUUUACCGGGCGGCCAUCGAGAAAGUGUUGGCGAAGAAGGCGGCCCAGGAAUUCGACACCGCGCUGAAGGACCUGACGAGUAGCAUACUUGGCAAUAACCCCGACAUUGCCACCUUGUGGAACGUGCGGCGGAUGUGCAUACUGAAGCAGAAGGAGAGCGAACCCGAGGCGCAGAAAGUGUUCGAUGACGAUCUGGAGUUUACGGAAAUGUGCCUGAGGGUGAACCCGAAAUCGUACUGCGCCUGGCACCAUCGAUGCUGGAUCCUGGAGAAUGCCCCUGCGGCCAACUGGCAGAAGGAAGUGGACCUCUGCACGAAGUAUCUGAAGCUGGACGAACGCAACUUUCACUGCUGGGACUAUCGGCGAUACGUGGUGGCCAAGGCGCAAGUUCCGCCGGAGCAAGAGUUCGCCUUCUGUACGGAAAAGAUCGAGAAAAACUUUUCCAACUACUCUUCGUGGCACUACCGGAGCCAGCUGUUGCCGGUGCUCGCGCCGCACACGGAAGAUCCGAGCCGACCGAUCAGCGAGGAGAAGCUGAAGGAAGAGCUGGAACUCGUCCUGACGGCGGCAUUCACUGAUCCAAACGACAGCAGUGCGUGGUUCUACCAGCGCUGGCUGCUUGGGUACACGCAGCCGGAGCUGGAUCUGGCCUGUUUUCGGGUGGACACAAAGGAGCGGCUGGCCGUGGUGUCCUUCACGAAACCGAUCCAACUUGGGGCUGCUGGUUACCGGCUGACCGUGUCGGGGUGUGAUGGUUGCAACGAUACCGCCGCUUGGAAGCCGGUCGGGGAUAGUUCGUCCGCAACGACUUGGAUUUUGACCGCUUCCGUGGCCCUCGCCGAACAAAUGGACGACGCCAAAGUGACCCUUGCCACACCGGACGGAAUCGAGCAUCGCCUGAAACUGAAAAGCCCUUCGCCCGGGAUCGUCGUCGGCGUGAAGAUGCCCAAGUUCGGCUACGAGUUCGGUUCGGCCAUCGUAGAGGUGCUGAAGGCGCAGCUAUCGUCCUGUCAGGAACUGCUCGGAUUCGAACCGGAAAGCAAGUGGACACUGCUAACGGCCGCCCUACUGAUGAAAGUCAUCGAUCGGCGGGGUUAUUACGCGACUAUUCGUGACCACCUGGCGAAGCUCGAGAGCGUUGAUUCGCUGCGACGCGGUUACUACCGUGAUCUGGCCAGCAAGUGGGCGAUCGAAAAACAGCUCGAAUUGUGGAUUGAGGCAGGCGAUCUAACGUCGCCCAUCGAUCUGUCGCGAUUGGACUUGACCGUUCUAAACUACAGCCAGUACCUGGCGACUACGGAUGCAAUCGAUUUGAGCCACAACCGGCUCGUACAACGGAACGUGGGUACCCUCCGGGACGCGGUGUUCUGCCGGAGGUUGAAUUUGGCCGAAAAUGCGCUGCAAGCUGACGCCUCGAUCCCCAAACUGCCUCUGCUAACGGAACUCAGUUUGAGCGCGAAAGAGAAAAGUGAAGAGGUUGCAGACACUUUGCGGGCCAAAGUGAGCAUACUUGUAUUGUAG